AAAAAUGUGAACUUUUCAUUUCAUUUCAAAGUUAACCGCCAAAGCGUAGACACCUGGUCAACGGCAUAAAACUCCAUAAAAACACAAAACAACAAAAGAAACCCUAUUCACGUGAUCGCGUUAAAUUGCCUGAUUAAGUAUUAACUCAAUUGAAACACCGCCGUAUAUAAAGUGAAAUUUUAAUUAAAAAUUUUUUUAUAAAAAAUAAAUAACUGGAGCAGGAGUUGAUAUUUACAAAUAAAAUUUGUUUGUUGUACAAUUCAACAAAUAUUGUGAUCGUGAAAAAAAUGUUACCAUAAUUUUUUAAAAUUUUGUAAUUUAACAUAAAUGUGUCGUCACAGCUUAAGAUUGACGCGCCAAAUAAUCGUAUAGUGAGAAGAUAAUUGGGUUGUAGUUUGUAUAUAAACAAAAAUCGAAGAUUUCCUAAGACUAUUUUUCGUGGAGCUACAAAAGGUAUUGGACGCAAAUUAAUACCAACAUAAUUUUUUCUUGAUCCUCAACGAGUUUAAUAAAAUUCGCCACCACGUCGCAAUUUACUUGGCUACUUAAACCACAACACUUUUGUGUUUAUAAAGUUAAGAAAAAAUCCUAUCACACGGUCAAUAUCACAUAGAUAGCUCCUGGAGCGGCCUUAUCCCUGCGCAGGAUCUCUUUCAUCAGCAUUCCCACAUACGACACGGCGUAGCGUAACAUUUAACAAUGCCCGUUCAGUCACCAAUUGAAAUUAGCAAUCGUGUUAUUGAGCACAUCGAUGACAUUGACCCUUUAGAAUACCAUGGCCACUGGGAACCAGUGGGUAUUGCCCGCGUCCACAAUACCGGCACAUCGGCCAUGGUGACAUUUGGCAAACGCAAAGAGCAACCAUACAUAGUGGGCGGUUGUUUGGGAGGUGAAAAGUACAUAUUCGAACAAUUACAUUUUCAUUGGGCUGACACGGAUGAAUCUGGCUGUGAACACACUCUAGAGGGUAACAAAUAUUCCAUGGAAGCUCAUGCGGUGCACUACAAUUCAAAGUACAAAGAUUUCUCGGAAGCCAAAAACAAGCCCGACGGUUUGGCUGUUGUGGGAUUUUUCAUACAGGCGUGUGGCGAAAAAGAUUGUCCCGAAUUCAAGAAAAUUACCGAAGGUAUUCGUAUUGUACAGAAGAUCCAUACAAAUGCAUCUGUUGAUUCAGAUUGUCUCUCUUGGAUUGGUUUGCAGGAGUUGAGCAAACACUACUAUACAUAUAAGGGAUCUCUAACAACAGCACCAUAUUUUGAAAGUGUCACAUGGAUUAUAUAUAGAACGCCUAUAUAUGUAUCCAAAGGACAGGUUCAAGUCUUUCGCAAUCUCCAAUCAUGUCCCAAGGAUGAAACCAAAAAAAUCGUCAACAACUAUCGUGAAAUACAGAAGCCCGAUAAAAAUCCCGAAAUUCUAUUUGCACGCAAUGCCAAGCCAAAAUCGAAAUUAUGAUCUAAUCAUCUUUUCAUCAUAAAAAGCGAACUAAUCUAAUCAUUUUCAUUAACCAUUUUCUGCUUUAAAAAUGUUGUUCCAAACUGUGCUAAAUUAUAAAAUUUACAUAUCUUUUUUGUUUGUUUUGUUUAGUUUCUCACCCUCACAACUACACUACACUCCUAUAUAAAUUAAACUACUAUAACUUAUGUUACUAUAAAGAACGUAUCUAUAAACUCUUAUAUUUUGGUUGUAUUAAGGCAAUAUAUAUAGUUUUUAUAUUGACUGUGUUUUUUUUUUAAUUUUUUUGUUAUGUUGUUUCUACAUUUAUAGAAUUUAUUCUAAUAAUUUGUCUAUUGUUUUUCCACGAAACUGCACUCAAAACUGUUCUUUGUUAUAAAAAAAACAAAUUUAAAAAUUAUAAUAAUUUUUGAAUAUAUAAGACACAAAUCAAGUGCACUUCAAGGCAAUAACUAUUAACCAAGAAAUCAUUCACACACCAACUCAAAGAAAACUAAACAAAUAAAUAUUUCAUAGAAAUAUGGUGAAAAGUACUUUUUAUUACAACUUUGGCAUGUAGUAUUUAUAACCAUUAAGUUAUUAAUUUAAAAUUUUUUAUAAAAAACUAUUAAUAAAUGCCCAUAAAAAACUACUAAAUGAAAGAAAACUAAA